GCAAUGGGAGAUCCAAUAAAAAAAAUGAUCAAGGUUCAGGAUAUCAAACUAUUGAAGAGAGCAGUGAACUUCUCAAACAUAUGGUUGAUGUUUCUAAUUGUGCGUGAUCACGCUGGAAAAGUAAAUAAGAUAACCAUCGAAAGACAUAUACUGAAACCUUUGAAUGAAAAGUUAGGAAUCGCCCGGACACCCUCACCCAAAAGAUUUGAAAUUGCAGUUGGUAACGGUACAAAUAGGGGGACAUACUCUAAUGCCAUAGGAGACGACACUAUAAAACAAAAUAGAGAACGUGGGAGUUUGCUAGAUGAUUUCACAUAUGAUCCUUCAGCAUUUAUUCCAUCAAGUGCUCAAGAUCCUUUUCCACCGUCUCGUGAAAACUCUUCCAUGCCAACUUUAACUCAACAAAAAUGCUCUGAACCCCGCCCACCUCUAAGAGAACGAGCUACAAUUUUGAUUCUCAAACAAAGGCUGCCUCAUUUGAUCCUAAAGAUACUUAAGAUCUCAUAG